AUGAAGCAACUGUCUGUAGAAGACAUAAGAUAUGCUGAAGCAAAGAAAAAGGCAGGAAAGCGAAACUAUUUUUUAGAGUACCUGCAUCAACACAGUAGCUCUGAUGAUUCCAAUGAACUACAAACUGAAUUUUAUGUAAAAGGAAAGAUUGUGUGUAGGGAAGCAUGGCUUCUUGCACACAAUUUAAAUAAGGAAACCUUUAGACGAAUUUGGGGAAAAUUUAAAGAUGGUGCAAAUGUGCUGGAGCAUGGGAAUAAAGGAAGGAAGUCAAUCACUAGCAAGACUGCAGAUUGCAUUGCCUGGUUGCAGUUUUUGUUAGCUGUAGGGGACCACCAACCAGACAAUGGUGGCAUCCAUUUACCAACAUGCUUUACUAAAAGUGACAUUUAA